CUGAUUUUUUAUUAGAUAAUCUUGAUAAUCGUUCAGUUAAUAUUAAUGAUCCUAAUAUUAAUGAUCCUAAUAAUCCUUGGAAACUAGCACCUACUUAUAAUCAAAUAUUUGAAAAUGGAACUAUUGAUUCUAACCCAUUUUUGAUUCAACCACCAAAUGAAAAUACAAAUAUGUUCAUAGAUUUUAAAACAUCUCUUUUUACAAUGUAUAAAUUCUUAACAGGUGAUCCAAGUGCAUUAUCUAAUUGGACAUAUUUAAACAAUCCACCGCUUGUAAUUUUGAUUGUCUUAUUCUCAUUUUUGAUUGUUGUUUAUCUUAUGAAUUUGUUUAUUGGGUUACUCAAUAAUGCAAUUAAUAAAGAUUAUAAUAGAGUCUCUUAUUUGGUACAGAAGGCAGAGAUUCUAGCUGAAAUUGAGUUAUUUUACUUGUUACCACAUCAGAGACGUUGGAAAGAAUGGUUUCCUGAAGUAAUACAUUACAGUGCCAAAAUUAAUGAUGUCCGAAAAGAAGUUGAGAAAAUGAUGAAUCAAGAUGAAUGGAAUACUAAUGCAUUCCCAGAAUUAAAAGAUGAUCUAUUAAAAAAACUUAAUAUUCAACAAAUUCCUGACAAAUAGUAGAAUUUAUGGAUCUUACUAUUAGAAAAAACGUAAGGCGUGAUUACUCUAUAAAUAUUUUUAUAUUUUUAUUAUUUUUACUAUUUUA